GUCAUGACAAAAUUCAACAGCUCCUGGUCGGGUUUCGUGAUCAGCUUCUCCUUCCCGCUGUUCUUUUGGAUCGUCUGGAAUUGUGGCAAUAUUCUGAAAACGCUGUGGGAGCAGGAGAACAGGCAGAUGCAGGAGAACAUCGAAGAGAAGUUGGCCCUGGCACUUCAAGAUUUGGCAAGGAG